AUGAACCAAAAAAGAAUACACGAGAUGAUUGAUGUAGAGAUACCCGAACUACCUACUCAUGGUUCAAAACGUACAAAAUUGUUUGUUAUUGGCAGCAAUGAUUGUGGUGAACUUGGUUUAGAAAACGAUGUUGAAGAAAUGAAUAUCCUAGACACUUGUGGAAGUCUACAUGUAGCAGCUCUAACUCGAGAUGGAACAGUCAUCACUUGGGGUUGCAAUGAUGAAGGUGCAUUGGGUAGAGUUACUAAAAGUGAAGAAAAUCCAAAUGCAACCGAUGAGAAUGUGCUGGCAUACGUUCAAGGUCUUGAUGAUGUAGUUAUAGUUAAAGUCGUUUGUGGUUCAAAUAUGACGCUAGCUUUGUCUAAUAGAGGUCAAUUAUAUGCUACCGGAACAUUUAGGGAUAAUAAUGGGAAUACAAGAUUUACCUCAGCAAUUAAUAAGCAAUCAAUUUUCGUGAAAUACGGUCCUACUUCUUACUUAAAAAUCGCUGAUAUCGCCGUUGGAGAGAAUCACGUAUUAGUUCUAAUGACAAAUGGUUAUUUAUACACUUUUGGAUGCAUGGAUUCUUAUCAGCUUGGAAGAAGAAUAUCAGAAAUCACAGCUUUGCAAUUGAUGAAGAUGGAAUGGUGUAUACAUGCAGAGGAUCAGUGUGGUAUUGAAUCACCAAAUCCUAUUAUAACCCCAAUGAAGUUAGAAAACUUAUUUAGAGUAAAACAAAUUUCUGCAGGACUUCAUCAUAUAUUGGUCCUUCUAAAAAAUGGUGAUAUUUAUAGUUUUGGCAGUAAUAAAUAUGGACAAUUAGGCAUUGGUGUUUCUGAAGAAAACAGAAAGUCUCCUGUCCGAAUUAAUCUUGAUAAUUGCAAAUACAUUGUGACUGGAGAUCAUGCUGUUAAUAAUGAAAAUAAAGUGUAUACUUGGGGUUUUGGCGAAACAUCUGCUCUGGGAAAUGGAAGUGAGAAUAACGAAUUAUUACUAUUCGAACUUAAAUGUAAAGAGUUUGGUGAAAUUUCAGAAAUUGGGGGAGGUAGCCAAUAUUCGCCGUAG